AGGGAAUAUAUCUGCAAACGUCAUGCUGGUGAAACGUGUGUCGCUGGUCCGCCUGAAAAGCUUGAACCACUAGUAUCCCACACAUGCAACUCUACUCUCUUGCAAACAUUCGGAAUAAUUGUAUCUUCUCAGAGACAAAGCAAAAAGUAUUGUGAAUAUCAAAUGCGCACACCGGGUUUCUACAGUAAACUUCUAAUAUUUACAACCUUCGACCUUGAUUCAAAAAGUGAUGAGGUAAAAGUCUAUGAUGGAGAUUCGGAACAAAACCGCUUAAUCGGAAUUUUCAAAGGAAACAACAGCAAUGAAAUUUCUGUGGCAUCAAGUGGAAGCGCAAUGUUGGUGACAUUCAGGUCAAAUGGCACCGGAAGUGGAAAGGGAUUUGAAGCCAGAUUCGAAAAGUAUCUUUAUCCCUCACCAUUGAAAAAAAUCAAUUCAAUGACUUACAUAAUUGUAAAUAUGCAGCACUCACUGAUCUUACUAUUUGUGUUUAUUUUCUUGGCUUCUGCCUCAAAAGAGCCUAUAUGUACUCAUGGGUAUAAAUUAGUUAAGAAUAGAUGUUUGAAGCUGUUUUCCGAGCCAUCAAAUUACAAAAAUGCUCAGCGACAGUGUGUCCAAAACGGAGGAACGCUGGUGACUAUAAGAAGCGAGGAAGAAAACCUUCACGUUAUUGCUCUGGCUGGCAAGGAACAAAAUCUUUGGAUUGGCCUGCACUGUAAAAUAUUAGGAAAGUGAAAAACGGUGAAUGUGUAAUAGUCGCUAGAUACUUGGAACACGAUGAUAUUACUGAUUAUUGGUUCACCACGUCAUGCAAUGUGACAAGGAAAUAUAUCUGCAAACGUCCUGAAAAAGUAUUGUGAAUAUCGAAUGCACACUCCGGGUUUCUACAGUAUACUGCUAACAUUCACGACCUUUGACAUUGACCCAAAAAGUGACGAGGUAAAAGUCUAUGAUGGAGAUUUGGAUGAAAACCGCUUAAUCGGAACAUUCAAAGGACACAACAGUGAUGAGUUCUCUGUGGCAUCAAGUGGAAGCGCAAUGUUGGUGACAUUCAGGUCGAAUGGCACCGGGAAAGGGAACGGAUUUGAAGCCCGAUUCGAGAAGAUUCCCUCUCAGAAACCACUGGAAUACAUCAAAUCAAUAACUUC